AUGGAUACGACUGGCAUAUAUCCAAUUAAUAUAUCAGCUCAGUUUCAAACAAGAUAUGCUUACUCGGACAACAACUACAUGGAUAAUGCAUCUCUCUCAAAAACAGAGGAAGAAGAGGGUGUUAAUGGAAUGGAAAUUUAUAAUCUUGCUAAAAGUAUAAGAAAUGUGUGUAUCCCGAUAAUUGUUUUCGUUGGAGUUUUCGGAAAUUUCGUGUCCAUGUCAGUUUUUGCCUCCAACUACCUUCGACGAUCCUCUUCCUCUACGUUUUUGGUGGCUCUGGCGUUAACUGAUAACGUUUUCUUGAUUUGUCUGCUCCUCACUUGGCUUGAUGGCUCUGUUGACAAUAUCCUGACGUCAGUAAGAAUCUGUCAGGUUAUCUCCUAUUUGACCUAUGUUUCCAGUUUCCUGUCUGUUUGGUUUGUAGUCGGAUUUACGUCUGAGCGAUACAUUGCCAUUUGUCAUCCUUUAAGAUCAAAGCUCUUUUGUACGCAUGUGCGAGAAAGGAUAGCCGUGCUCAUUUUCUUAAUAUUUUCUAUAGUCCUGUACAAUUUUGCCUCUUGGACUACGGAUGUGUAUACUUCCAAGAAAUUCAUAAGAUGCACGUACAAAAUAAAAUUCAUCAAAUUUCUCAACAUAAUCACGUGGUUAGACACCGUUGUCACAAUGAUGAUUCCGUUUACUUUGAUAUUUUACAUGAAUAUGCGGGUUGCCUGUACAGCUGCCAAAUUUCAAGAAAAAAGGAAGGCCUGUUUGUUACCAAGAGAUGCCAAACACGUCAAACAUAGAGCGCUUCGAUCAAAACAACAGAUGCGAGUUACACGAACAUUACUUCUGGUAUCUACAACAUUUUUGGUUCUGAACUUGCCAAGCCAUGUUUUCAAGCUUUCCACCCUCAUUUCUGCUUUCCUUAACCCCUCCAACACUUACAAUAUUAGCAUGGCGCAGUACCUUAUACAAGAAAUUUCGCAAUUGCUUUAUUAUACAAGUUUUAGCAUGAAUUUCUUUUUGUAUGCCCUAUAUGGAAAACAUUUUCAGCGAUCUCUAAGCUUUAUGUACGAGUCUUUGAGACUGCAGUUGGGCUGUAGUGACAGAAUGGGAUAUAUAGAAAGAACGAGCACACUAAGAAGCUGGACUUGA